AUGCCAAUUGCUUGGUCUAGCGUUUUUAAAAGAGAGCUGCGGGUUAAAAGGUUUUCACCAAGAAUAUAUUCGACGAAAGUUCCUGAUAAUGCACCAAGAGCGGCUGACAAUGAAGAAUGGCUAGAAACUCUGAGAUCUAUAACUUCCCCGAGACAGACAAAGCCCGAUCAUGGUAAUAGUUAUACAAAUUUCGUUAAGCUUCCACUGGGUGAAGUUACAUCUAUAAACUACCUACAACGGUAUAAUAAACAUAAGCAUAGCCAAGGCAAUUUCGUAGAUGUUCGAAUAGUGAAAUGUAGAAGUGGCGCUGGUGGAAGUGGAGCUGUCUCAUUCUUUAGGGAUGCAGGGAGGUCUAUAGGUCCGCCGGAUGGUGGGGAUGGUGGAGCUGGUGGUAGUGUUUAUGUUCAAGCUGUCGUGGGGUUGGGAUCUUUGGCGAAGAUGAAGACCACAUAUAUUGCUGAGGACGGAGAAGCAGGUGCUGCCAGGCAAUUGGAUGGUAUGCGAGGCAAAGAUAUUUUAAUACAAGUCCCUGUAGGUACCGUUGUAAAGUUUUGCUUGCCACCCCAAAAUGUUCGAGAGCUCGUGGAAAGAGAAAUGCGCAAAGAUCAUAAUGCUACAUUAAGGUCUAUACUUGCUUCUACAUCCGUGAACUUAAACGUUUCUUCUAAUUCUCAUCGGAAAAAAAUACAACUAUACAGACAUGAAAUGGCAGAAAGCUGGCUUUUCAAAGACAAGGCCAAGGAAUAUCAUGAGAAUAAGGACUGGUUCAAGAAUUUGCAUAAGAAAAUGGAAGUGUACGACCAUUCGUUAGAACAGUCUGAACUUUUUAACGACCAGUUUCCCUUGGCUGGUCUUGACUUAGAUCAGUCAAUGACCAAACCGAUAUGUCUGCUAAAAGGUGGCCAAGGUGGGCUCGGUAACAUGCACUUUUUAACAAAUCUGAUUAGAAAUCCAAGAUUUUCUAAACCCGGUAGAAAUGGCUUAGAACAGUAUUUCUUAUUCGAAUUGAAAAGCAUUGCUGAUCUUGGGCUUAUUGGUUUACCGAACGCAGGAAAAUCAACGAUACUAAACAAAAUCUCGAAUGCAAAACCAAAAAUAGGGCACUGGAAAUUCACUACACUGAAUCCUACUAUUGGCACAGUUUCUUUGGGCUUUGGGCAAGACGUUUUCACCGUGGCCGAUAUACCUGGAAUAAUACAGGGCGCAUCACUGGACAAAGGAAUGGGUCUAGAGUUUUUAAGGCAUAUAGAACGUUCUAAGGGCUGGGUAUUUGUCCUUGACCUCGCUAAUGAAAAACCUUUGAAUGAAUUGCAAUUACUGAUAAAAGAAGUUGGUACUUUAGAGAAAGUCAAGACCAAAAACAUACUAGUUGUGUGUAAUAAAGCCGAUAUCGAUUUCGAGAAUUCCGAAUCUUUUGCCAAGUACCUACAGGUUGAACAAUUUUCCAAAAGUCAAGGAUGGGACUGCGUUCCGAUAAGCGCCCUCAAAGAGCAAAACAUAGACGUAUUGAAGAAAAAGAUGUUUCAGUGUGCUCUCCAGCCCAAGUCUGACAGGUAG